AGACUCUUUCUUUAUGUCUUGACUGUAGGUUUGUGGGCUCGUUGGGCACCAUCAUCAUCAAAUGCAAAGAUCUGCGAAUUAUUCAGCUGGAUAUCCCUGGAAUGGAGGAGUGUUUGAACAUUGCCAGCUCUAUUGAGGCACUUUCCACCCUGGAUUCUGUCACUCUCAUGUAUCCCUUUUUCUACCGGCCCAUGUUUGAAAUUAUUGAAGACGGCUGGCGCUCUUUUCUGCCUGACCAAGAAUUCGAGCUCCUCAGCUCGGUGACGGAUGAAUGGCGUCUAAGCUGCAUCAAUAAGGAAUUCUCGGUCUGUCCCUCCUAUCCUCCGGUUGUCAUCGUGCCCAAAUCCAUCGAUGACGAAGCGCUUCGGAAAGUUGCCAUGUUUCGCCACGGCAGUCGCUUCCCAGUCCUCAGCUAUUAUCAUAAGAAGAACGGGAUGGUCAUGAUGCGAAGCAGCCAGCCCCUUACAGGUACCAACGGGAGACGGUGUAAAGAAGAUGAGAAGCUUAUUAACGCCACGCUACGGCCUGGCAAGCGUGGCUACAUCAUUGAUACGAGGUCCUUGAACGUUGCUCAGCAGGCCAGGGCUAAAGGAGGGGGCUUUGAACAAGAAGUGCACUAUCCCCAGUGGAGGAGGAUUCACAAAUGUAUUGAGAGGUUUAAUAUUCUGCAGGAAAGCCUCAUCAAGCUUGUGGAAGCUUGUAACGACCAGUCGCACAACAUGGACCGCUGGCUCAGUAAACUGGAAGCUUCCAACUGGCUGACUCACAUCAAGGAGAUACUGACUGCAGCCUGUCUAGCUGCUCAGUGUAUUGACAGGGAAGGUGCCUCAGUGUUAGUCCACGGGACUGAAGGAACCGAUUCGACGCUUCAGGUAACUUCUCUGGCGCAGAUUAUCUUGGACCCAAGGUGCAGGACCAUACGUGGCUUUGAAUCCCUCAUUGCGAGGGAGUGGCUGCAGGCUGGUCACCCCUUCCAGCAGCGCUGUGCCCAGUCAGCCUAUUCGAACAGCAAGCAGAAAUGGGAGGCCCCGGUGUUCCUCCUCUUUUUGGACUGUGUGUGGCAAAUCCUUCGCCAGUUCCCUUGCUCUUUUGAAUUCAACGAACAGUUCCUCAUUAUGCUCUUUGAACACGCUUAUGCUUCACAGUUUGGGACUUUCCUGGGAAACAACGAAAAUGAAAGGUCUAAAUUGAAGCUGCCGCAAAAGACCAUGUCCCUGUGGUCCUGGGUGAACAGGUCUGAAGAACUGAGCAAAUUCCAGAAUCCUCUUUUUGAAGCCAACAGCCUUGUGAUCUGGCCCUCCGUUGCCCCGCAGAGCCUGCAGCUCUGGGAAGGUGUCUUUCUUCGAUGGAACAGACCUUCCAAGUUCCUAGACGAAGCCCACGAAGAAAUGAUCAACAUCAUAAAGUACAACAAGGAGCUUCAGGCCAAGGUGAACACGUUGAGGAGGCAGCUAGCGGAGAUGGAAACGGAUGAUAGGAUGCAGGAGAACCUGUGAGCCAGCAGGCCUUUGCCUCAGGUCUUUCCUUUCCGGUCCCCUUUACGUUAAAGACUAAACAUGGAAAGUGCAUGU